GCGCACAUGUGUUGGGUCGCAUAGGCAUGGUAACGCGCGGACUGCCAGAUAAAGCAGGUACAUGGAUUCGAUUGAGUGAUGCACCGGUUUUCGGAUCUUACAAACGGGUUGCUAGAUGGAACAGGCGUCAAGCGACACAGCAGCAAUGCAAUCGAUCCGCAGCACGAUUCCUUGAACCUAUUGGUUGGCAGCCAAUCACUCUCAAGUGGCGAUGCCUCGGACUACUUCCUCCGCGUCUGGACUAUCGUGCGCGCCGUCGGACAGAUACCUCAUAACGGCAGCACUGGCACAACUGCAAAUCGACUAAGUCCCAUAGGUGGGCCCACAAGUGAUUUGAAGCUUCGGUUAUCCGAAUUUCCGUACAGUCUAUGCGACGUGACAUGUGAGAGACCCUCGGCCCAUCUUGUGCAGAAAGAAGGUUCUGGUCCGAAGCGAUCGCUCACAGCCACUUCAAGCACAUUUAAUCAUUUCUGCAUCCGGAGGGCUUCGCACACGCACACCGAGACAGACAGUGAGCAAACGUCGCCUCAAACCUCCGCCGGAACCUUGGAAACCAAUUGCACAAGAUUAGAGUGCAAUCCGCAAACGCCCUUGAAAGCUUCACUGAACCGCGCAAAAAACGAGCUAACCGAGCCAACAUUCAGUCGCCCCGCCGUUGAUGACUGUGACGCAGUAAGAGCGGAAACUGCCGAAGUUGUGCGGUUGACACUUGCAGACUACCUGAAUCAAUUGGACGGCAAUACCAAGAAACUGAACCCUGUACCCAAACUUGCCACACUGCACAGGCUGGCGGGACCACCUGAAUUCGUACAAAGUACGCAGAAAUGCGUUGGUCUUCUGAAUUACUCAACCACCGAGUCGAGAGCUAGUGAGCCACAAUCGGGGAUGGACGCGUUGUCUCCCCAAAUGAACACAUCCCCAGAAGUUUACCUCCUUAAAAGACGAGCGUUCUUGGUCACUCGAUUAGCGGAACGGUACACUGAGUUACUUCAGUUGCUGCAGGAAGAACUUGAAUUGACUGGCCAUCCACCAGAAGGCUAUAAUCAAUAUCUUCACGAGUAUCACUCUGCAAGGGAAGCUGCUCAACGGUUGAAAGGAAACAAUGACACGAGUCAACAAAACGUCUCCAUCAACUGUCUGCGAACUGGACUGCACUCUGACCACAUCCCAAACGCGACUUCGGGACAGGAAGUGACAGGAGAAGCAGUGGGGCGUUGCUCCAUGUCUGGCCCCUGCCUAUCGACUGGCCUAUUGGGAAGCCGUCUUCAAGAGACUCGCUUCCCAAUCUCCCCGGUGACUGUCCGCAAAGCUGGUCUGAAGCUCUCUCCGUCUGCACAGUGUCUGUUGGUGACGAGUCGACUGUCGCUUCACGAAGAUGACCGAAUAAGCAUGAAAAAUCACAAUGCUUUAUUUGCCAGACCCCAAACAAGUCUGCAAACUCGGAGCUCGCGCUUUCGAUCCCUCAGUAUGAUCAAACCGGGACCAUCCAGUUGGACAGCGGCCACAACUAGUGGUGGUGUGCAUCGUGGGAGCUGGGCCAAGCGAAAGGAAGCAGCUAGCCGUACGGCCUUGUUCGGUCGCGGGUCUAUGGCACGCACCGACGUGGUGUCAUUGAGUCUGACAGAUCUACGUGGCUCGCGGUCAGGUUCAUUAUCUAGUGAUUGCGAAGUAAAUCGAAUGGAUGAUUACAUUGAUUCCGAACGGGGCACGAGUGCUGGACCCAGUGAAGUGUCUGCUUUUUCUGGUAUCUCAGAGCCCACCUCUAUGGACGAGAAGCACCAAACGCAAGCUAUUGCCUGGAUUGAUGUGGAGAUCGCCGCACUGCGUAACAUUAUGGAGGCCAACUUACGGUGUGCUGAUGAACCGUCAAGGAGGAAGGAAUCCCGAAAGGCUUAUAAACAAGCAGCACAAAUGAACGAACGAAAAAUUGUUCGGUUGGAGAGGCAGCGGGAGAUAUUGAAAGCGCUGCGCUCUAACGAAAGUGAAGUGAUUUCUGUGGACAGUUUCACAAUCAGUUCCGGCACUGAUGGUGCAUCACGUUGUGAGACAAUUUUGUCUGAGCUCACACCGGAUAAUCAGGGUGGUGACCCACUCAUUGAGAAAGGAAACUUGAAUGCAAGCCACAAGAACCCCUUAAGUGAUUCAGACUUCAUCCGUCGUAAAUCGGAUUCAUUUAGAGUUUAUCACACUGAGCCCCGAUCCAGGCGGUCCACACCCUCCUUACUCGGGGUAUUUGAGAGCGUGGGCUGUUUCUCAUCAACUCGAACUGGCGCAGCUUGCACAUCAAGCGAAGAGACGAACAACUCAACAUCCGCCUCGGCUGCUAACCAAAUGGACCUUUAUCGGCCGAAUUCAAGCGCUACGACUAAAAAGCCAUGGAAUUCAACGGUUGUCACUCGGUAUUCACCGUCGUCCGAUGUACUCACCCCUCUGGACCGUCCAUUGUCCUCCAAACCAUCCACUAUAAUAACCUCGAAGUCACGCGGUUCGCUCUCAAAGCGACCCCAACUUCUUUCGCGGACACCUUAUGAGAUUCCGGCUGGAAGCGUUAAGAGGGAUAAAACGCGGAUAGGCUCCAAUUCAAUGUUAAAUAUGACACACUUGGAUUCAACAUCUCAUACUAACUUGAACGGCAAAUUAAUUACCACCUCCGAGGAGGUUGUGGAUCUCGAGAAGCCGCCACCCAAAAGAUAUACUGUGAAGCUCCGCAGCUAUUCACCAGCCUCAUUCUCCACAUUGGCACCGCCACCAUCCCCAGCACCGUUGCUGCGCCCGGCCAAAACGGGAUUGAAGUCGGACCAAGCGCGCGGCCCGUUCAAUCCGUCUGAUCGUGAAAGCAUUUGUUUUCACUUACCGGCCUACAGAAACGACCGCAGUAGUGAGCGAUCAACACUCAAGACGCCUGUCACGCCGGCAUACGCUCCAUCACCGUCGACACCUGGCCGGCUCGAACGGACUAGAUACCCCGGUGGUUUUCCUUCCCCAUCAUCUGACUUGGUCAGAGAAACCCAUAAGCAGAGUACUCAAACGACCCGUGAACAUUGGUCUCAAGGUAAUCGGGAUCGCUGCACAAUCUCUUCCUCCUCACCAGAUAGGUCGAGAAGUAACUUGGAUACUCCAUACUUGGUAAAACUUACCGGUAGACCUGAAUUCCGCACGUCACAGAUCACUACAGCACCUGUGGAGCGACCCACCUUGAUUCAUGUCGUUUCCCCCAGGGCAAUUCGCCGGCUUCCUAUCCCUGACCUGCCCCAAUCGACCUUCAACGUCACUCAUUUACCUGGAUCAUGUGUGAGGGGCUUCAGUGGCUCUACCGUCAGAAUCACACGAGAAGUUCACUCUGGAACAUCUCCAUCACCUUACUGGUGCGCACACUGCUAGCCGGUUGAAAUGACAGCCACAUGAAUCCAGGAGCAUACCUCCUGACAGAGCCCACUUAGUUCCUUCACAACAAUCAGAGGAAAAGUCGAUACCCGCUUGCUCUAAACUGUGAAUACCUCAACCUUUCGGUCAUCGACACGCAACGUAUGGUAUCAACUGGAACUUGUGGCACUUCUCAUCCUACCUGUGCAAAGUUGGUGGCCACAUUCUACCAUAUAGAAUAACAAGCAGUGCCUGGUGACAUUUGAUCGAUCGAUCUAAGCUUACCAACGAUGGGGUCAUCGAUUGUUGUUGCCAUUUCCCCAACCUUGUUUUCACCCUACUCAUGGAACAGAAGCAGCUGAAGCUCUAGGGAAAGUGCUUGAUUUCAGACUGUUCCGCACGCGCAUUGAUUUUCGAUCACUCGCGCCAAUUGUGGGACCCUUCGAUUCAUCCAAAAAUAACUCCGCUAAAUUGUAGUGCUUCUGACUGCCUACUUGGUCCCUGACCAACUGGAGACCGCCGAAUUAAAACCCCCGAACUCCCCAGCUCAUGCAUGCCGUUUCGAAACUAUUUUAAUAUUCUGGAGUAUCGCUUCCUGGCUGUAGCGGGAACUGGUUUCUAUUUUUUUCGUCGAUGAUUUAACGAGUCAUCACUGGACAUUGAAUGAAUUCGUACUUUUGAUAAUGUUAAUGAUACUGAACUUACAUACUUCACUUUCACAUAACCUAAAAUUUCGUUUUUUUAACAGU